UUGUGCUCCUUUGCCCAUUCCCACUCCCCUUCCCAACUUUAACUUUUCACCGCCAACCACAAUAAAACAUUAUUAUACUCUCAAUGUCCGACCAAAAGCAAAGGUUAAACCACCACAUACAUUCUUUGUUUUGGACUCUGUCAUUUUAUUUUUUUUUCUACAUUUACAAAUAUAAUGCACCUAAAAGUUUAUGUAAUAUUUAGUGAAAAAGCAAAUUGAAUCAAAAAAUAAAAUAAAUAAAUAAGUGGUUAAUGUAAUUAGUAUUUAAAAUGCAGAGAGAUAUUUCCUUUAUUUCUUUGAUUUUGCACCUUAAAACUCAAUAAUUGAGAGUUUUUUGAGUCUUAAAAUAAAAAUUCAAAGAAACGGAGAAAGUAAUAAGUUUGUAAAAAUGAUUGAAAGGAAGAGAGUGAGACUAUUAAAAAAAAGUGUAAAAUAAGUGAAAUAAAUUAAUAUAGAACAUGGUACAAAUUGAAAGUCACAAAGUGAGUAGUAUAUAUGCAACUGAGAAAUAGGCUGCUCAGCCUCUCCAAGGCUUUGCUUCUUUAUUUUAUUACUAUAUUAUUUUUCAAAUAAUUUCCCUGCCAAAAGAUCUUUAUUUGAGUAUAUAUAACUAAGUAUUAGCUACCCUUUUGUUUUCACUUAAUCACAUCUUAAUCUAAAGAGAAAAAUUUUCAAAAGGAUUGAUUAUUAUCUUUAAUUUUUUGGCAAGCUUUUGCUGAUCAUUUGUGGUAGCAUCUUAAAGAGAUUAAUAAGAACAUCCAAGUAAAAGAUUUGAAUAGUAAUGGCUGAUCAAGAACCAAUUGCAAAUGGUUUUAUACAAACCCAAAUAAUUGGAUCUAAUGAGCCUCCUCUUCCUAAGAAGAAGAGAAACCUACCUGGAAAUCCAGAUCCGGAAGCAGAGGUAAUAGCUUUAUCACCAAAAACCCUAAUGGCAACCAAUAGAUUUUUAUGUGAAAUAUGUGGAAAAGGGUUUCAGAGAGAUCAAAACUUACAACUACAUCGAAGAGGCCAUAACUUACCAUGGAAACUAAAGCAAAGGAGUAGCAAAGAGCCAAGGAAGCGAGUUUACGUAUGCCCUGAAAAGACUUGUGUACAUCAUCAUCCUUCUCGUGCACUCGGAGAUCUUACUGGCAUUAAAAAACACUUUUUUAGAAAACAUGGUGAGAAAAAAUGGAAGUGUGAAAAAUGUAACAAGAAGUACGCUGUUCAGUCUGAUUGGAAGGCUCAUUCCAAAACUUGUGGAACUAGAGAAUACAAGUGUGAUUGUGGAACUAUUUUCUCAAGGCGGGACAGCUUCAUCACACAUAGGGCAUUUUGCGACGCAUUAGCAGAAGAAACAGCAAGAAUGAAUGCAGCAAACGCCCAUUUCAACCUUAAUACAGCAGCAGCCAACAACAACCUUAAUUACCACCAUCUUAUGGGACCUAAUCUCGGACCAGCUGUCGCCAUGGCCCAACAUUUUUCCUCCAUUUUUAGGCCUCUUUCUUCAUCUUCUACUAAACAAGAAACCCUAGAUCAUCACCAUCCAAACCCAAACCAAAGAGAUCAACUUUUCCCUUUAUGGUUCAAUACUAAUACCCAUCAAUUAACUCAAUCUGAAGGGUUCAAUCAAACCCUCCAAAAAUCACUUAUAAACACCCAAACAAUCCCAUUUUUGGUUCCAGAAGCUUCUAAACCUCAACCCCAUUUGAUGAAUUGGGAUUUUGGAAAUAAAAUCUCUGAUAAUCUACAAAAUAUAAGUAAUAAUAAUAACAUCCCUAAUACUACAUCAUUUCCUUCCUUGUAUAGCACCAAUCAGAACCCUCAAACCUCUUCAAGUAAUUCCUGUCAAAUCAUGUCAGCCACAGCCUUAUUACAAAAAGCUGCUCAAAUGGGUUCUACUUCUUCUACCCCAACAAAUCAUGAUCAAUUUUUCCUAGGAAAUUUUGGGUUAGAAAUGAAGGGGAAUGAUCACGAUAUUAAUACAGAUUAUAAUAAUAAUAAUAAUAAUGAUCUUACUAAUAACAGCUACAAUGGUGGAGGUGGGUGUGGGUCCCUUUUUGGCACUUCAAAUUCUACUACCACUAAUGUUGGAAGUGAUAUAGAGGGCUCAGUUGAUGAUCUUUCUACAAUGACAACUAUUUACCAUGCAAGUGUCAAUAAUAAUAACCCUGCUAAGCGUCAAAAGUUGUUUAAUGAGGAAAGUCAUGUAGACCGUAUUACUAUUCAAGGAAUUGUUGGAGCUGGUAGGCAAACUCGGGAUUUCCUAGGGGUUGAAUCACAGCCGGCGGUAUGCCGGCCGUCAUCCAUUAAUGGUUGGAUUUGAGUUGCGAUCGGGAUGAUGAUGAUGAUGAUUUAGGGUGAAGUUAGGUUGGAAUGUUAAAGUCUUAGUCCUAAGAGAUUGAGAUAAGCUAUUUCUGUCUUUAUAAGAAAAUAAUUAGGAACGUAUGAAGUCUUGUAAAGAAUUUUCAAGUAAAAAUAUUUUUUAUAAAUGCUUAAUUUUGUUUAUGAUAGUUGAGAAAUGAGAAUCACGAGCUAGCCAUGUGAUUGGAAAUUUUUCAUUUCAUCAUUGUAAUUCUUUUGUUUGUUGAUUUUAUAUCGUCCGAAAAUAAUUUUUUUUUUUAUGAUUAUGGUUGCUUGAAAAUUCAUGCACAUUCUUUUGAUCUAUUGAACCCUAUUAUAAGAUU